AUGAAAGAGUAUGCUACAAAUGCGCAGAUGAAAUCAUCGAUCGACAUUCUCCAGAUUACGUUCAAAUGUUGUGGGAGUAAGUCGUACAAGGAAUGGUUCUACGUUCCGUGGUUUGAUCCUCAGCUGGGCGGCGUUGAACUAGAGAAGUGGCCGACGUACGAGAGCGGCAACGAGUCCGAGGUGGCCGAGGUGGGCGAGGACAUGCCGCAGUUCGUCAGCGACGACGCGCCCUUCAGCUGUUGCUCCAGCGAGCAGCUCCGGCCCUGCGUGCACCACGGAGUGCUCUCCCGCAGUCCCAUCUACAGGUACGACCCGCAGAGGCUGGGCAUGUCGCUGUGGAAGUCUGGCUGCCGCAAGGCGAUACAGCGUGCCGACCGUCACCUCAUGCGAAGUGCCGCCGCCUUGCUGAUUUGCUUCUUUAUCCUACAGGCGUGUCUGAGCGCCGGGACGCGCCUUCUGCAGACGGGGCUGUUCUCUAUGAUGGUAGAGGAAGGCCCGUACUUCCGUGCCUGGCUGUUUGGUGCCGCUCCUGCGUACCAGCCGGUGGCCGGCCAGAUGCAGCCUGAAGACUCUUCCGAAGAGGACAGCAACUACUGGGAAGGAGAGCGUCCCUGGGCAUCAUCACCAUUGCGCAACGAGUGA